CGGCCUACGACGACCAAUAGGCGUGCGCCGUUUUUCGUCAGACUAAACCGAGUUGGGCCGAGCCUACUACUAUAGUAAGGUCAUCGGGCCACCUCGAACAAAUCGCAGAUCAUCGGCCGAGGUGGCUGUGCCCCUCUCUUGCGCGGCCGCUUCACGUUGCCACGGGCGAACGUCAUCGAUCCCCCAGGCAUCCAUCGGGCGAAGAGCGACCUAAUCCCUCAUCUUAUCCAGGAAGAGUUGCUUGAUUCACCUGCCUUUGCAUGCAUUUUGAAUCACACUCUCAACCUCGGUGAAUAAUUCCUCUUUUUUUUUUUUUUUUCUUUUUCUUUCACCCUGUGAGCUUAUAACAGACGGGCUUAUAAGCUCUCUCUGCUCGACUUGCUGGCCGCUUGAUUGCGCAGCUUCCUUGCCCUGCUUAUCGCUUCCAAUCGUUUUCUGAAGUAAAUUCCGUCUCUCGGGUUGCCACCAUGACGCGCACCGUGGUGUAUAGCGUAGCGCUGGUCGCUUUGCUUGCCGCCACCUCCAUGACCAUCACCUCGCUCGUCUCGCCCAAAUGGGUCACUCUGACCGUCCCCUCACCGUCGGGAGGCACCGUUACCGACACCAUCGGCCUGCACAGGCGGUGUUCCGCGUCUACCACGGGCAGGAAAUGCGUGCCCUUCCCGGAGCAGUGGCGGUGCGAUGGCGACGAGCGCUCCUUCUGCUCCAUGUGGCGGACCACGGGCUUCCUGAUGAAUCUUGCCGUCGUCGCGGAGCUGGCGGCCCUCGCCGGGUUCGUCGUCAUCCUGGUGGGCGGCAGGGUGAAGAGGGAGGGCAGCGGCUGGAAGGCGCUCGGGGGCAUGCUGGCGGCCGUGGCGGCGGCCGAGUUCCUCGGCAUGGCCAUCGUGGCGUAUGCCUUUGAUCAUGACGACUUGUUUCUGGUGCCCGGAUAUCGCCUCGACUCGUCGUGGUAUCUGUGCACCUUCAGCGCGGGUAUCGCGCUGCUGGCGGGGGUCGGGCUGGCCAUCUCGGCGAUGGUGCUGCCACCGGAGGACGGGUACCAGCUGUUGCUGGGCGAGUCAGAUGGGGUGUGAAGCCGAGUUCGAAUCCGUGUCUAAUUGGAUUGAUUCUCCUGGCUUUACCCCACCCGUAAUGGGAUGGUGUUGGUACUUACAACAAAACAACACCUGCGGGACCUGUUCACCAAACAAUAUGUAAACCAACAAUGCGAGCGACUCCGACUGGUUUUACCAUGGCGACUUCGCUCCCUUGUCUCAGUUCCGGUCGCCGAGGAACGCAAUAUCCGAGACCGUUUGAGCGCAACCUGGAAUACUAGUAUUGGAGAAGAGACCCUGUUUUCUUGCUUGGUUUUGUCGCAGCGCUGCUGCGGGGUAUGUGCAUACAUACACAAGCGGUUGAUUGAUCGUAUUAGCUAAUACUAGUAUUUUCGCGAAACGAGCACCAGAAAGCCCCCAACAUAGCAGGAAAGGCCAAA